AUGGUUAAAAUUAUUUAUAUAAUCAAAGUAUUGCAUAUUAUUCUUUUUUUUUUUUUUUUUUCAUUUUAUUUUUUUCCAAAUUUAUUUUUUUAUUUCAUUAUUAAUUAUAAAAUAUUAAAUAAAUAUAUAAAAGAAAGGGAAUUACUAUUUCUAAUUUUAAUUAUAUUUUUAAAUUUAAUUCUAUUUUUAUUUUUAAAUCGUUCUCUCACACCACAAACUCACAUAUCAUUCCAAUUUUAA